CCCUGCCCUGCACCCAUCCCAAAAGAAUGGGCUAGAAAAAUUAUGCCAUAGCGUGAGCUGACAUCUGUUUCUCCGGCGAUGCAAAGUGUUUGGCUGCACCUCACACUAAUUGUGUAUAAAAGGCCACCUAGUACCCACCCCAGUCCAGAAAACACCAUCAGUAUUCGACCAUGAAAUUCAUUUCACUCACCACUAUUGUCGUAUCUGCCGCAGCGAUGGCUGGCAUAGCUAUCGCAUCUGAUGAUCUGAUUAUAACACCCAUGGGCACACCCUGCGGCCCCGCUAAUACAGUGCUGUGCUCCGUGACAGGCCUCAAAGGUUAUAACAACGGGAACGAUUACGCUUAUACCUGCGGACCUAAAGGGAGCGUUGUAUCAUACAUACCGUGUAGCUGUCACAAAUGCUGUAAGGUGGAUCCUGAUGGGAAUAACUUCCAGUGUCCGGCAACUGAGUGAGUAUGUCUUUCUCUGCUGCCUUUCGAACACAAGUGUUGAUGCUGCUUAGGGUGUGAAUUUCAGGAGUGUUGUGACG